AUGGAUUGCUGCCCUAAGCCCCAUUACUCCUGGGUAUGGAGGAACAUCAUUAAGCAAAACCAUCCAAUAUUGAGAGAGGGAACUUGGUGGGUGGGUGAUGGGUACAACAUUCUUCUCCAGCAUAAAGAUUGGUAUCAUUGCCUUUCUCUCAAUCUUCAUGACCAGAGGCUUCCAACUGGUACUGUAGGAGACUUAAUUGAUCACAAUUCUGUUUCCUGGAACCAUAAUUUGGUCAGAUCUCUAUACCCUCCUCCUGUGGCUAGUCAAAUCUUGCAAACACCCAUUUCUAGAACCAAGUCUGUAUCAGAUAAGCUGGUUUGGAGGCAUUCCUAUGAUGGAGAGUAUAAGGUCCGGAUAGCUUAUGAGUUGCUUAAUUCAGAGCACUUGGCCCCACCCCAACAAGUUCUUAGAAACCAAGAGGUUUGGUACAGGAUUUGGAAAGUGAAGACCCCCUUGAAGAUAAAUACUUUUGUGUGGAGGUUGCUUCAUGACAGUAUUCCCACCUUUUCCAAUCUUAAGCAACGAGGAAUUUCGAUUGAUUCCACCUGUCCUUUCUGUAAUGAUCAUGAGGAAACCAGUACUCAUCUCUUUCUCCUCUGCCCUUUCUCUAGGGCCUGUUGGCAUGGUUCAUCCUUGGGAAUCCAUUCUUCUGACUUCAGCAAUAUCUCCAUUCAGCAUUGGUUAUCUACUGUUAUUACUAUUCACAAUUACAAGGAUCCUGGCUCCAUGAAUUAUCUGCAAUCCCUCUUCAUCACCUUGUGGACUAUUUGGAACCAUAGGAACCAAGUGGUUCAUGAAGGUAUAUCUCCUAAUCCUAUGCAAGUAAUUCUCACGGUUCAAACUUUGUCUUGCAGGUAUGGUAAUGCAUUCUCUGACCAACAAAACUCAAACUGGUUCUCAAGUAGACCUAAACCACCAACCCAGUCAGCUGCAGGACCCUGGCAAUUAAUUAUCAAAGUUGCUGGUUUCAGAAACAAGAAGAAGAAUAGAAGGGCCUAUGUAUAUAAAGCUAUAAACACACAGGGAGAUUUUAUGUUUUUUGGUGUUAAUAGUAGUUUGGCAAGAACAGCACCUGGAGUUUUACUUGAAGCUGUGGUGGAAGCUUGUCUCAUUGCAAAAAACCAUGGUCUUCAUCAUGUUUUGUUUCUAAGUGACUGCAGAGGUUUAGUCAAAGUUUUCAACUCUGGAAGAGCUUCUGAUGGGCAGGACAAUGUUAGACUUGCUGACAUCAAUUUUCUUGUUCUAAAUGGAUUCCUCUGUAAAAUGAUCUUAGUCCCUCACGUGCUGUGUAAGUCUUUAUGUAAUAUAGCUAGACAGGCAACUAUAAUGCCUCUUAAACUUUGCUGGUUUAAUCCAGCCUUUUUGUAA